AUGUUUAAUUUUGGGCAAUCUAACAGCCAAACAGGUGCAUUUGGCGGUAAUAAUACUAAUAAUACGACUACUACCGGAGGAGGUCUUUUUGGUAAUAGCAAUAACAAUAACAAUAUAAAUACUACUGGAGGAGGUUUGUUCGGAAACAAGUUAGGUAAUUCCACUACUACAAACAGUUUAUUUGGUAACAAUAAUACCAACAAUAUAAGUAAUCCGGCUAACAACACCACAAGCACUGGUAGAGCCAGUCUUUUCGGCAAUACAAACACCGGAACUGGCCUUUUUGGUAAUACUGGAGCAAAUACUAGCGGAACAAGUCUUUUUGGCAAUAAUACCACUACUUCUACGACUGGAUCAAAUACUACGAAUGGCGGUUUGUUUGGAAAUAAGCCAGGCAUAACUUCCACCUCCACUACCACAACCGGAAGCUUAUUUGGUAACAAUAAUACCACAAAUACAACAACAUCAGCUGCUACUGGGGGUGGGCUGUUUGGAGCCCCUAAAACAACAAGCACUACUGGGGGGUUAUUUGGAUCUCAAGCAUCCGCCCCUACUACAAGUGGUGGGUUAUUUGGUGCCAAACCCGCUGCUACUACUGUAAGUGGUGGGUUAUUUGGUAAUAACACCUCAACAACCACUGGAGGUGGAUUAUUUGGUGCCAAACCUGCCACAACGACCACUGGAGGAUUAUUUGGCAAUAACACUAAUGCAAAUACUAGCCUAGGAUCAACUGGCGGUCUCUUUGGAACAAAACCUGCUACCACAACAGGUAGUGGAUUAUUUGGUGGCAAUACCACUACAAAUACUGGUCUUAAUUCUAGUGGUGGUCUUUUUGGUGCUAAACCCACAACAACAUUUGGAGGUACAACUACUGGUGGUGGCCUCUUUGGGUCUCAACUUCAACAGCAAACUAUACAACAGACAUCUCCAUUGUAUCAAAUCUCUCAAUUAGCUAUAACACCCAUGACUAGAAUUAGUGAUUUACCACCGCAACUGAACCAGGCAAUCCAAGAGUUAGAUCAGUAUAUUCAAAGACAAGUGACUAUAUCGAAUCAUUUAAAAGUUGGUACUGAGGAACACACAUGCUUAAUUGAAUCAAUUCAAACAGACAUUUCAUACCUUUUCAAAAACCAGUCUAUUAUUAAUCAGUCAUUGUCAAGUGAUUUGAAAAAAAUAAUGAAUUUAAAGCUAUUAACUGAUCAACAUUUAAUGGAUUCAGAAACUUUUACCAUCCUUUUAACUCAAUUACUAACUAGUGGAUCUAAAGUAUCUUCAAUAGAAUUAGAUAAAUUUUUCCAAAAUAAGAUCAAUUCUUAUCAAAAUAAAUUAGACGAAUUCACUAGGGUCUUAAAUGAUAUUGAAAGUGCUAUCAAUGGCAUUAACAAUGAUUUGUUCGGGAAUGGUAGUCAGGAAGAAUCAUUCUUUAAUAUAUCUCAAUCGGAUUCAUUAAGCUCUAAUUUAUAUGCCCUAAAAGCAGGUCUAAAUACAAUUGUUACAGCUGUGAUAGAAGAAUUUUCUUUAUUUAUGGAUAUAGCGCAACGAAUUGCAGAAUUACAUCAAAAAGUGAAAGAAGUUUCCAGUAUACAAUAA